GAUUCGUAGGUGCUUGGGAAAAAGGGAGCAAGAUGUGAGAAAAGAGAACAAGAUGGACAGCUGUGAGAAGGAGAGAGGUAGAUGGGGUGUGGGGUCGCCUGUUAGGUGUCCAAUAAAUUAUGGGCUUUAUGAGGGUUGAAGGGUCCGCUUUUUAAUUUUAAAAUUAGAAAUAACACAUGGGGCUGCUAGAUAAAGAUAAUAAUAUAAUUAAUAGUUGAGGGUAAUAGAGAGAGGGAAAAUAUGAUAGGGUAGUUAAAAAAGAAAUGGGGUAAUGAGAAUACAAAAUUUUCAAGUGGGUCAAUAUAGAUUACUUUCCUUUCCGGACUUUAUUCUUAUUUGCCCUAUUAACUCUAUCCUUCAUGCUUAUUUACCCCCACCUAAUAAAUCAUUUAAUUUUUUAUUUAUUUUAAUUACAAAAAUGUCAGUAAAUACAAAAUUACCCUUAAUAAACUUACAAAACUACAAUUAAACCUAAGCUAACCCUCUAACCUAAUCAGAGUUUUUUCUUCUCUCCAUCCCCACCAGCCCGACACCACUUUACCCCUUUUCCUUUUGGCGCAAACCAUAAUCGACGAAAUCACCUAUUCUUCUUCUCUUUGUUCGAAAUCAAUUUGUGCGACGAAUCACCUCUCUCUUACAGAAGCUUUCAAUUCCGUGUGUCUCCUUCAACAGAAGCCUUCGGCUCCAUCUUCCUCAUUUUCGAAAAUCUGGGAUAUCCAGAAGAUCGAGAUAAUGACAAAACCAAAGCGUGGAGGAAAGAAAAAUACUAAGCAGAAGAAAGGAAAGUCUACAAAAAAAAACAUUGCUCAUGUAGAAGAACAACAUGUAGAAGAGCUUUCAACUGGAAAUGAUAGGGAUGAUCUGUCAGCACAUGAAAACGAGACUGAUCAUCCUGCACAGGAGAAUGAGACUGAUCAUCUGUCAGCGACAUCUCAGGAAUGCCAACCAUUGCCACCUGAUGUGCUAUACUUCAAGAACACCGAGUUCACCAAGACAUGCAAGAUACAAAGCAAGUGCUAUGUGAGUAACACGGUGGCUACCAUCAAGACGCUUAAGCCUGAGUUGAAGUGGUUCGAGAACCACCCUCAGUUUUGUCAUAUUUUCCACAUGCCCGAUGAACCAUACUUGAAGCUGCUGGGUGUGUGGAUGCUUCUAUUGCGAACCAUUCCCUUAGAAGAGGGAGAGGACACAUCUUGGUUUGCGGUUAAUGGCGUGCCCAUCCGGUAUUCCAUCAGAGAGCAUGCACUCAUCUCAGGUUUGGACUGCAGUGGAUACCCGGAUAAGUAUGAGGAGUUGGGGAGCUAUGAGUUUGUAGAUAGGCAUUUUGUGUCACACAAAGCGAUAACCAUGAAAUCUGUUGAAGAGAAGCUGUUGAGCAUGAGAGCGUGUGGGGAUCGACUUAGGAUGGCGGUGCUCUACUUCUUGGGCACUGUUAUCAGAGGGAGGGGAAGGUAUAAUGCCCCCUUUGACUCUUUCAUUCUAAGAAUCGUCAACGAUGUGGAGGAUUGCAAAACCUUUCCUUGGGGUCACUUGACGUUUGAUGAUAAUAUCCGGUCCAUUAAUCGCUUGAUGAAGCGUCUCAAUGGGAAAGCUAAGAAGAAUAUCAACUUUCCUGGCUUCAUACUUCCUUUAGAGAUGCUGGCAUUUGAGUGUAUUCCAGCUCUGAAUGCUCAAUUCAGAGAACAUGUAGCCGGUUGUCUUGCUAACUGUCCGAGGAUGUGCAAGUGGCGGUUCCAAAGUAACAGCAUGAAGGGUUAUCCACUUGAGGAUUUGUACAAUGCACUUGGAAAAACGAAGGUGAUUAAAAGUGUUUUGGCUCCUACUAUUGAUAAAGAAACUCUCAUGGCGCGUAUAAUGGAGGACGAGCCAGACUAUGAAAAUGAAGAUGGGCCAAGUAAUUUGUGGAGCUCAUGGCUUACUGUUAAGGAGAAGCCUAUCUGGUGGAAAGAUCUCUAUGAGUUAGAUGUGGCUGCAAGGAAAUUUCCUACGAAGAAAGACAAAAUGAAGGUGAAUGAAGAAGCAUCCUCCUCUAAUGCAAGUUUGGAGGACGUUUUGAAAGGGAUUGAAGAGAGGUUGAUGACAUGUUUGAGUGAAGUGAGUGUGAAGGUGGAGACAAUGAACAAGAGGCUCUGUGUCAUGGAAAAGAGCCAAGUCGUUUUAAAAAGGAGGAGUAAGAGGAUGAAGGCAAUGGAGAAGAGGCUUGAGGACAUUGAAAAUUGCCAAUAUCAUUUGAAAAAGAAUGGCAGGAAGCAGAAGGCGAUGGUUGAGAGGAUUGAUGCGCUUGAGAAAGAGAUGAAGAGGAAGGAGAACGAGAACGUUGAGGGUUUUGACUACCAAAACAUGGAUUUUGACUGGGAUGGAGGACGUUCUGUAGAUGCAGAAAUGGUAGAAGAACCAGAAGGUCAGAAAGCUGAAGAGACCGAUAAAGAGGAGGAAAAAGAGGAGGCUGAGAUCGAGAAAAAAGGGAAAGAUGGCGAAGAAGAGGCUCAGAAGGAAAAUACAAGUUCCGAGGAAGAGAAAGAACUGGAAGUUCAGGUUGAAGAAGAUAAAGAAGCUGAGGAAGAAAAAGAACAAGAAGUUGAGACUGAAAAUAAAGAAGGUGAAGCUGCUCAGACUCAAGCUGAAGAUGAUGAAGAAAAAGGUGAAGAAGAGGUUGAAAAAGAGGGUGAAAACACUGCUGAAACUGAACCUCCUGUUGAAGUUGAAGAAGAGGUUCAAAAAAAGAUUGAAGAAGAGGGUGAAGAAAAUGUUGAAAAUGAACAUCUAGCUGAAGUUGAAGAAGAGGUUCAAAACGAGAAUGAAGAAGAGCUUAAUGAAGGAAAAGAGGUUGAAGAAGAACCUGAGCAGAAAGAGGCAGAGCUAGAUGAAGGGAAAGAGGUUGAAGAAGAACCUGAGCAGACUGAGAAAGUUGAGAAAGAAGAUAGGAUAUACACGGAGGAAGAGAAGAAAAGGUGGAUUCUUACCGUGUGCAAGACUGAUGAUGUUCCUCCUGUGGAGAAGACUGGUGGAACCGAGGAAACAUCUAGAACUCCUGCUCGUGGGGGGGUGAAGCAUAGACCUAAGUUAAUGGCGGUGAGGAAACAUGCUACUAAGAAGAGGGGUAGACCAAGAAAAGCUGAGAAACCACAUAAAUUCACAACGCCACUACCGACAAAAAGGAUUCGUGCACCAUCACAGUACGUAACCACUCCUUUCACUGAAGCUAAUACCGACGAGAUUGAAGGGCGCAAGAAGAAGCCUAAAACAAAGGCUUAGAAGACUACCAUCAUAAUAUAUUUUGGGUGUGUAAUAUUUAUGUCGGCUUUUGUUGUAAACUUAUGUAGGAUGCUAUGUUUUGUUGGUUGUUGGUCUGUAAAACUUGAAUGAUAUAUGUUAUGUAAGAUGUUUUGUGUUGUAUGAUUGUCUUGCAGCAGGUUUGGCCAAUAGAGUACAAGGCAGGCUAAGUCCUAAGAAAACAUAUUUGUACUACUAGGUGUAUUAGGUAUUACUAAGCCAAAAAUAUUGUCGACACUUUGUAAAAAAAA